CGUAUAGUAGACCGCCGUCGCGUUUGUAUGUGUUUAUGCCAGUGAAUUCCGUGUUAUUAAUAUUAAUUUACUAUUCAUAGAAGUAAGCAUGUUAGCUAAUGACGAGGCCGAUUUGGAGGAUUAUUACAGCCUCUGGAGAUGAAACUCUCCACUCUCUGUUUAAUGCUACUCUUAUAUACGCCUUUGCCUUCGCGAGGACAACGACUCGUACCACCAAGGAAGUACCACUCAGACGACGAAGAAGACCAUGCCGACUACACUGAUGAUGUCGAUGAAGAGGUCUUUAUUCAAAGAAACGUCACAGAUGAGAAGGGCCUUUCGGUGGGAGCUUCCUGUGAAUUUACCUGCAGCCCUAAACUCAUGCAUGUAUACUGCAAUCCUAUUAGCGGAUUGUGUGAAUGUGAGAAGAAAUAUCCAGUCAAACUCAACAACCCCUAUGCAGGUUGCAGCAAACCCAAGAGACUGGGAGACCAGUGCUACUACAAGGAAGCUUGCGAGUAUACCGACCAGCACUCUUCCUGCAUUCAAAUCCACCACAACGCCAUAUGCCAGUGUAAAAAUGGAUACCAUUCCGUAUCUAUUCAGAAACCUUCGAAAAGAGUAUUUUGUGCUGAGGACGUUGUCAUCAUAACAUCAGAUUUCUCCACAUUUGCUGGAGUUCUAUCUGGAAUAGCUGUACUAUCAGGGCUUAUAUGUUUCGUGCUUCAUUUAUUUAAUCAGAAUUUGUACGGAACUCGCCACCAUCGGCAUAGAUUUGGUAAUGCAAAUUUGGCACCGCCUAUUUUAUUUUCUAGCGAUCCAGGAUCCUUACCGUUGCCUAUCAUCGACCGAAGUCUGACGUCCCGAGCGUCGAGCCAUCGAACCUUCGCGUCCAUGCCGUCGCGACGGGCCAGCAGUGCCCCUGGGUGUCGCGGCAUUUCUGUGUCCGCCUCCCGUGCAGGUGCGGCCCGUGCCGCCGCCAUCUUGCUGCUCUCCUACUGUCACGUGGCCCCCUACGAAGUCUCGUGUCAUGAGAGAGCUGAUACCAAAUUCGGAUCUAGGAGACCAAGCAUUGCGUCAGUGCACAGCUCCAGUUCUAUAAGGAGCUACAGCGCUAGAAGGUAUGAAAGGGAGAGAAUGCAAAAAGAAGAGAGAGAAAUGGAGCGUAGGUACUCAAAGAUGACUAGAUCCAGUUCUACAACGCGUAUCGCGCCUACACCUAGUCCCCAUUCCACUGAUGAUUUGCUGCCUACUCUGGAAGAGGACAAACAAAUUCCCCCGUUAGCAAUGAAGGAAGAAUCUUCAUCCAGUUUCCACGAAGAAAUGCCAUCAACUUCCAAGCAGUAUCCGUAAUGAACUGUUUUAAUAUUGAAUGGACUGAAAAAAAAAGUUUUUUAUUAUUGGCCUAUUAUAAGUGAAGCAGUGUUAAGUGUAUCAUUGUAUUUUCUAGAUUUAAAACAUG